AUUUAGGAUUAGUGCUUCCCUUUUAUGCUAAGUCUGUCUUUAAACAGUACUGAUUAUGUUUAAUUUUAUUCAGUUAUGAAAUUCUCAGGCGGCACGGUGGACGAAUGGUUAGAGUGCCUGCGUGGGGUUUUCUCCGGACACUACGGUUCCCAAAAACCGGCAUGAUAGGUUGAUUGACAACUCUAAAUUGCCCAUAGGUGUGAAUGUGAGUGCGAAUGGUUGUUUGUUUGUAUGUGCCCUGCAAUUGGCUGGCAACCAGUUCAGGGUGUACCCCGCCUCCUGCCCGAUGAUAGCUGGGAUAGGCUCCAGCACGCCCGGCGACCCUAGUGAGGUGAAGCAGCUCAGAAAAUGGAUGGAUGAAAUUCUCAGGUCAUCAUACACUGAGAAAGAAAUGUGGCCAGUGGCCAUAUACAGUACGGACGAGUCAGCAUGGUAGUUAACGUUAGCAAUAAAGCUAACGGUUCCUAAAGUUUAUUGAAAAUUUAAUCUUGCUUUCUUGUUGCUGGCUCUGCGGAGUGUGACACGAAAAAAAGAUCACAUCCGGGGACAUUAUAUGGCACUCAAAACAAAUGAGCCAAUGAGGACGCCUUCCUCAUAAAGCCCGCCCAUCCGUGGGGUUUGUACCAAAAAGUAAACGCAGAAAGUCAGGCAACGAUUGGAACGUGAGCAAAAAGUUUGUUUGUUUGUUAGUUUUUGUUUUUUUUUAUGUGAUUUUAUAAAUUUGGUUUGAUUACUUUUGGGACAAAUCUGAUUGGCUGGCAACUAGUUCAGGGUGUACCCGAAGAUAGCUGGGAUAGGCUCCAGGACGCCCGCGACCCUCACUGAACGGUGCAGCAUUGAGCCAUCACUUCCUCUUCAUCAUUAUGAGGAAGACUCACCUACCACCAAGGAGAAAGUGGCUUGCUGAGACUGAAAGGGCAAGCGAACAGUAGCCGAGAAUGACGACAGUGGGGACAGACAAGGAGCUCAGCGACUUGCUGGAUUUUAGCGCGAUGUUCGAACUUCCAGUUUCAAAUGGCAAGAAUAGGCCAACAGUCAGACUGGCCAGCAGUCAGUUUGGGGGGUCAGGUGUUGAUGAGAGGAAUGGCUCCAAUCCUUGGGGGUCAGGAGAGCAGAGCAGUCCAUCGUCGUUCAGCCAGGGGAGGUGUUUUGGCGAAGAAGGCGUUUACAGUGACCUAACUGGCGUGUCACCUGGCACAGUGUUUGGUACAGGAAUUGCUGGGAAGGCUGACAGAGGCCCAUACACAUCAUUUGCAACACAGCCGGGCUUUCUACCCAAUGAGAUAGCCAUGCCAAGUCCUGAUGCCCUGUCCCCCUCUGGUUUGAAGCCCACUUCCCAGUUUUAUUCCUCGUAUGAGGGCAACAACCCUCGCAGACGACCCGCACAAGACCCCAUUGAAGCCCAGCCAAAAAAGAUCCGGAAGGUGCCCCCCGGCCUGCCCUCCUCGGUUUGUGCCUCAGGCGAGGAUUUUAACAGGGACAAUGCUGCAUACUCUACUUCCAAAGCAGGAAGCAUUUACACGCCCCCAUUCUCCAUGCAAGAAGGCCUCCACCCGCCUUCCGAUUCAUGGGGUUCUGCUGGGUCGAUGGUUCAACCUGGUUAUCCUUCCAUGCUGGGUAACUCCACCCAUCUGAGCCAGCAUGGUCCCUUUACUGCCAUCAACCCCCAAGACAGACUGAAACGGCAACCGCUGCCCCUCUCACCGCAAAACUACCCCCUACAUGGCAGUGAGGUGAACGGGACCCAUCCUGCUGGCUUCCACUCUGGCUCAAACAGCUACGGCGUCCCCAAUCACACACCGCCUAUUGCUGCCAAUCGGGGGACAGUACCUGGAAGUUCUGGUGAUGAAAUUGGAAAAGCACUUGCUUCUAUCUAUCCUUCAGACCCAAACAGUAAUGGGUACUCUUCGUCCCCAUCUACGCCCUCCGGCUCUCCUCAGGCUGCAUCAGGAGCUGUCUCCCAGUGGACAAGGUCAUCUGGACAGGCUACACCUUCACCUAACUUUCAUGGUGGGAUUCAGGGCAUGUCUAAUAAACUGGAGGACCGCCUGGACGAAGCUAUUCAUGUUCUUCAGCGACACGCUAGUGGACAAGGAGGACCUGGACUGGCUGAGAUGCAGAGUCUGCUGGCAUCUGGUUUGGGCUUAUCUUCAGCUUUUAGCAGCGCAGCGCUCGGCCUCACCAGUCGCCUGCCUGGAAUGGUCUCCAGUCACCACGAAGACUCUGCUGGCCUGCCCUCUAGUGUAGGACUUGGGCACCACAGUUCCUCAUCCACCCUGCAGGGUUCCCAGCCCGAAGGUUUCACCAGUAUGGUGAGCAGCCUUAAUCGUUCCAGUGACAUCAAACGAGAGACUAAGGAGGAUGAUGAAAACUGCUCCAUGACUGACAAGUCAGAGGAUGAGAACAAAGAGCUGAAGGCUCUUCAAACAAGUCUGAUUGAUGAUGAUGAUGAUGACGAUGACGAUCUACCAGUGGAGAUUAAAGCUGGGCGGGAGAAAGUGCGGAGGAUGGCAAACAAUGCCCGCGAGCGGCUUCGCGUGCGGGACAUCAAUGAGGCCUUUAAGGAGCUGGGCCGCAUGUGUCAGCUCCAUCUGAACUAUGAGAAACCGCAGACUAAAUUGAACGUGCUCCAACAGGCCGUUAACGUUAUACUCAACCUGGAGCAGCAAGUCCGAGAGCGUAAUCUCAACCCAAAGGCCGCCUGCCUCAAGAGAAGAGAGGAGGAGAAAGUGUCGGGCGUGGACCCCCAGAUGCAGAUGGGCGGAGGUCUCGGAGGUGAUGGACACAACCCUAUAAGCCAUAUGUAAUUCCAAGCUCCUGUUAACUAGCAGAUGUUUGAACACGUGGCCUUAACGCAGCUCCAUGUGGUUUUUGGAAGGCACACGCCUCAUCACUGUCAGAACGGGGCCAUAGUGACAAACAAACGUAACAAGCACACUUGUAUAGAAUGAGAGAAAAAGAGAGAAACGUGCACUCAUAGAUACAUGAUUUGACUCAAGGACACUGAGGCCGGGACAUUCUUAUGAUCAUGUUUUUGUAAGACAUUCUUAAAAAAAUGCUUUACAUGUUGGGAGCAAACUUGUUCGGAUCAAAUAGUCCUUUUCUCCUGUGAGCAAAGCAAGGAUUUGUAUUAUUAUAAUAUGUGGCAUUCCCACUUACAAAGGUGGUGUUAGAUGCAUCUCACGAUAGAUUGACUGAAUAGACAGGGCUUGGUUCGUGUCUUUUUUAUUAUAUUAUUUCUUUCCCUGGCUGGUGAGGUAAUACAGUAUGUGGCAUGUGAUGUUUUUCACCUCCUCAUAAACUCUGGAUUCUACCUGCCACUGCCAUGCAAGUGGAAUUGAAAGACUGUCAGAGGGAGUGCCACCACUGAAGAAAGACUACAGAGAUAAUCCAGUUUCCAUAUGCAGGGCUUCCGUAGAAAUAGAGCAUCGAGAUGUCAUUGUGUUGCGCACACGCUGUCACUUGUGUGUUCAUAUCAGGCGUUAGCAGCCAUCCUGGAUGGUCCAGUCACAAGAGGACACUUUGUGUUAUUUGAGCAGAGUGAACCUGCAGCAUAUUUUUAUUUGUUACUGUUCUUUCUAAAAGCCAUUGCACUUGAAUCAGAUGGGUAGUCAUUUGUUCUUUGCAAACAAAAAUACAUUGGUGCCUUGAGAUACGAGUGACCCAUCUUGUUAAUUUUUCGAGAUAUGAGCGGUCAUGCGGACGAUUUCUUCUUUUGUUUUGCUUCGAAUUGCGAGCGCAAAGUUAAGUUACGAUCGCUUUAUGGUGGAAGUAAAACAAAUCAACUUACGUCACAAUAAGGAGCAGUUUGGCAGAUGGUGAACAAUUUAAAACAACCAAACCACUUUGACCUUAAGAACGUCCCCGCUAGCUUAAUACUAACAUAUAAUAGAAAACACCAUUGACUUGCUAAUUAUUAGCAUCGAUAGUUGUGGUGUUAUAACCAUGCCCAUAUUUGGAAUUGCUGACGUAGAGGCCUACAAGGAAGUCGGGAGGCUUUCCCCGCUGAAUAGACCAAACUCGGCAAUAUGUAUUAGUCAUUGUUGCAAAAAAAAAGCUUUGGCUUUGCUUAUUUUGAGGAGGAGGAGGAGGUGAUGCAGCAGCUAAAAAAAAAAAAAAAGGGAAUGGCUGCAUCCCAUACUAAUUUCACAGCUGGAUCGCAGAGUUUAUUUACUUGUUCGUAAGCUAUAGCUCCACGGAGAACGCUUUGAGGUGUAUUUCAGGCUGAGCAGGGAGCAGUUUGAAAGCCUGCAGAAACAUCACCGUAUAUCAUUUUUCUAUUGUCCCAAAGCUCGGGACACUGGGACACCACAUUUAUUAUAAUUUUCUCCAUUUUUCCCCAUGCCGUUUACAGUACAAUUCUGCCAAAAUAGCACUCUCAAAUCACUCCGCCAGCAAUUCUCCUAUUGGAGGAGCUUUCUGACAUAGCUGCAACACAGUAGACAUUUUUCUAUUCGAGUGUGCAUUGCGUAACGUCAGCUGCCCUCAGCACUUGCCGCGCCGGGACAAGGCAUUCCGUAGUCCCGGCCCCUUAGCACAUACACAAUGAAUGGGAAAGUCGAUGGCGGCUUGCGCUUUGCCAAGUGCGGUGUUAAAAGGCCUUUAAGCAACUGAUAUUUAAACACAGUGCAGCAACACAUGUAGACAAGACAUUAUCACAACACAUAUUCUUUACCCUUUGCAAAAAAAAAAAAAAAACAUUAUUGAAGGUUAUUGAGUCACUUAGAAUAGUGCUGACUCUGUUUGUUUGUAUGACCAUACUAUACUGCCCCCCAGUGGCCAAGGUGGGCACACCUGAAGGAGCAGCUCAAUGAAUUGGAUUGAAGCAUUAAAUUAUGAUGUACAAACUUUAAUUCUUUAAAUUCUAUUUAAUUUUAUUACUGAAUGAUUUUAUAACAUAUAAUAUAGAGGGCUAUUUUCCUUAUUAAAAAAACAACAUUAAAAUUUCUUUUGGGGGGGGGGGGCUGGAAUGCCUUAAUGGCAUUUCCUUUGAUUUCAAUGGGGAAAGGUGAUAAAUUAAACUCGUAUCACAUAGCGCCACUGUAUUCUUUGUUAAUAUAGCACAUGUAGAGCAGAUGAAAAUGGUUACUUAGGGACCAUUUGAAUGCCAGUUUUGGAAGUCUCCAGCUGUCCUCUGUGAUUGGACCAAUCAGGGCACACAUUAUUUCCAGGUCGUUGACAGCUUCCAAUGACAUGCUCAUCUCACAAAAGGCUUGUGUCGUGGGAAAAAAGUGAGUAUUGAAAUGUAUGGUGAGGUGUAAUACUACCCUCUUUUGACUAUUAAAUUACUCGAUUGCCAUUGAUUGACUUUGUUGCUCUGUGGUGAGCAGUUGUAUUUUUUUCCAUUUUGAACAACUUCAAAGCCUCUUUGUAACGAUCUUCCUUUUGUAGAACAGGUUAAUGUUUUGUUGUUUGUAAGAUGUUAAGAGUUAGUUUGUUUCUUUUUUUCAUUUGGAAUGCUCUUUUCUUUUUUGUUUAUGUUGUUUAAAUUGAACUUUUAGAUUGCGGGAACAAAGUGAGGUGUUUUGUGUUGUGCCAGGUGCUUGGAAAUGUUAGAAAUGACAAAUUCUGGCUGUAUUGUCACAUGUUGUGAUAAUUAUAUUUUUUCUUUUGGUUCUGUGCAAACCCGACAUCUUUAUUUGGAUUAUUUUGUUUGCGCCAGUUCAAUUUGACUUCAUUGUAAUAGAAUUCAUCAAAACGAAUGCAUCAAGGGUGGCCUUAGUCAUUUUAUUGACUUUGGGAGCUUUGAUGAUGGUUACUCACCAGUGCCUGAUCACUUCUGUUACAUGCAUAUGACUGAAACGUUGCUUAGACUCAUGAGUCCAAGAACAUCAACAAGAAUUUAUUGAUGUGAUAACAUUGACACUGAAUCCUACUUAAACCUUUUAUUUACUGAUUUAUAUUUGAAUAUGAGUGUGUCCUAGACUGUCAUGUACAUUGAUAUGUAUGUACAGCUGUAUGAUGUAUCAGCUGGGAAACAAAAUUUUGGUUUGCCUUUAUGUGUCAUUUACAAAUUAUUACCCGAUGGGAUAGCCCGUAACUUUAUUUUCAUUUAAAAAACGAAUUGUUCUGAUAAUGCACAAAAAUGGACUUGUCUUUAUGUAAAGGAUUUUCUACCAUGUUCAAGAAUGAAAACACAAUAUUCUUUAUUAGAAGACUGUCAUCCAUAGCAAAUGACUUGCUACAGCUCUUUGUCUUCAUAAAUACUUGAGGGCAAUAUCUAUGUAGGCUUUGUCCUUGAAGUGCCUCCAGUUUCCUAUUUUUAUAUAUAAAGUAGAUAUUGAGAACUGUUGUGUAUAUAACAGUAAUGUAGUAAUAAAUGUGCCAUUUUUAAUAUCA